CGAUGAUUGAUGGCUGUGGGUUUCGCUUCUCAUUGAUUUAGUUGAGGGCAAGUGACAAAAUGCAAAAAUGUAUUUUUAGAAUAGUGGACAGCGUUAUGAUGAUUCUUGUAAUAGGCUACAUUGUGAGACUCAGGCAAGUAAAUGGACAAUGUGGAAUUUUACAAAACUUUCCGACUGUAAUUUGACCAAGGUAAUAUCAGGAAUGCCACGCAGGCAAUAGGCUACUGCUACAACUGCCCAAGAAGUUGAACGGGGGACGACAAGUAUAACUCGCACAUUUUAUAAAGAUGUUGUGACAGUAUCGAUACUGGCUAUAAUGAAGGUGAUGAAGAUAAGGAAAUACUUCAGGGGUAGUGGGAGGGUACUGGCAUUUGUUUUCAUUGCGUCUGUAAUUUGGCUGCUGUUCGAUAUGGCAGCACUUCGUCUUUCAAUAAAUGACGUUAACAGCCAACUUUUAAAAGAAAGCGUAGUGAAGGAAAUAAAGGCUGCGAGACAGCAGGCCACGAAACUUACAAAGUUUAAGCAUAGGGGAUUUAAAAAUCCCAUACAGAGAGUAGACUUAGACCUGGACGAGGUAGGUAAUAAAGGUCCAAUCCACAAUGAAAAGAGCGUCCUUGAAGUGUACAGAAAACGAGGACCCGCCGUCAAAAAGGAACCGCCGUUUAAAGAAGCAAACUCACAUGAGAAAAAGGGGGAUCGCCAAACUAAGUUAGAACAUGGAAAGCCUGUCAGCAUAACGAAUAACCAAAUGGUUGCUGUGAAUCAUGUCACAAGACCGUUGAGUGUGCCUUUGCCUACGCUUGUGAAAGACGUGUCAAAAAAAGUAGUGGAUCUGUUGGUGGAUGAUAAGAAAGUCGGACCUAAGGAAAAUGAUAAUAAGAAAAUGGCAUUGCCUACAGCAGUGAUCUCAAAGUUCACUAAAGUGCCAUCUGGCGUUCAGCAAGAAAAACAUGUUGAAACACCUACCUCAAAAAAGACACUAGAGAAAGCAAUUGGCAAUAUAGGCCUAGUGCAAAAAGACAAUAAACUGAUGCACGACACUAAGGAGAAAUUCCAACAGCCGGGCAAACAAGAACGAUUUAUUAAAGACAGUGUUUUCAGGGACCCCACAGUCAAAAUGGAUGUACUAAAUGGAAAAGAGAGAGUUGUCCCUAUUAAGGACAAACCACUCAAUGUGCUUGAUGAAGGUAACCCUGAUGCCAUAAAGAAAAUCUUCCGACCUACAGAAAACCCCAAAUUCCAGUCAGCUCCCGCAGACUCCACAGUUGUUCGGAAUACAGGUAUCCACAAAGUGCUGGCCUUAGAUUUGACCCGGGACCCCAGAGAUAUCAAUGCAGUUGGGCAGUUUGGGCAAGCAGCCGUUGUGCCCAGUGACAAGGAGCAGGAGGUGAGGAACCGGUGGAAUGAAGGCCAUUUCAAUGUGUACCUGAGUGACCAGAUCCCUGUGGACAGAGCCAUCCCUGACACUAGGCCACAGACGUGUUCUGAGAGCAUGGUUCACGACAGCUUGCCCACCACCAGUGUCAUCUUCUGCUUUGUGGAUGAGGUUUGGUCCACUUUGCUUCGGUCUGUCCACAGUGUCCUCAACCGCUCUCCUCCACACCUCCUCAAAGAGAUCAUUCUGGUAGAUGAUUUCAGUACCAAAGAAUAUCUAAAGGACAACCUGGAUGUGUAUAUGUCUCAGCUUCCUAAAGUCCGGAUUGUGCGUCUGAAGGAAAGGCAGGGCCUGAUUCGUGCUAGACUGGCAGGAGCCGCCAUUGCCAAAGGUGACGUUCUGACCUUUCUUGACUCUCACAUCGAAUGCAAUGUGGGCUGGCUGGAACCCCUGCUGGAGAGAGUUUACAUGGACAGGAGGAAGGUGGCUUGUCCAGUCAUUGAAGUCAUCAGUGAUAAGGAUAUGAGCUAUGUGUUAGUUGACAACUACCAAAGAGGAAUCUUCAAAUGGCCUUUGGUGUUUGGAUGGAGCACGCUUUCGGAAGACUUCAUCAAGAAGAAUCACAUGAAGGACUCUGAUCCAAUCAGAUGUCCUGUCAUGGCAGGAGGCCUUUUCUCCAUCGAUAGGAAGUACUUCUACGAACUGGGCUCUUAUGAUCCUGGCCUGGAUGUGUGGGGAGGAGAGAACAUGGAAAUCUCUUUUAAGAUAUGGAUGUGUGGAGGGGAGAUCGAGAUCAUCCCGUGUUCCAGGGUGGGCCACAUUUUCCGAGGCGAGAACCCGUACAAGUUCCCGAAGGACCGCCAGAAAACGGUGGAGCGUAACCUGGCCAGGGUGGCCGAGGUGUGGCUGGACGAGUACAAGGACCUGUUUUAUGGCCACGGGUACCAUCAUCUGCUGGACAGGACCGCCACCGACAUCGGCAACCUCACUGACCAGAUUGAGCUCAGGAAAAGGCUCAAGUGCAAAAGCUUCAAAUGGUACCUGGAUAAUGUGUACCCAGAAAUGGUUGCUCCGUUGACUAAAGCUGAGGGCCUGGUUUUCAACCGCGGAGUAAGAAAAUGCCUCGUUCUGCAGAAUACCUUCCUGUACUUUGAGAGCUGUGAUCUCAGCCAAGAGAGUCAGCACUUCAAUUAUACCUGGCUGAAGCACGUUCGCCAGAAGGAUGUCUGUGUGGCUGUUCAGGGCAAGGGCCCCCAUCUGGUUCUGGAGCCGUGUGACCGCAGCAAGCCACAGCUACGCUGGCUCCACAAGGCCUCCAACUCCGCUCUGGUGGAACACCUGAUAGUGGAGCAGGCUCCACGCCGCCAGUGUCUGGAGGCCGGGGCUCUGGGGGACAGCAUACAGCUGAAGGACUGUGAUCCUACCAGCGCCUACCAGAAGUGGCAGUUCACCCACUACCACGCUGAGUGACGGACACAUCGCUCUGCUCCGUCUGUUUGGGUGGGGUCGGCGUAUGCCGCGGUGGACAUGUGCGUGGUUGGUGUUGGGAUGUGCAAUGUAUUUUCUGUUGUUUUUUUUUUAUCAGGCCAAAUGUACAUUUCUGUUGGUGUAAAUGACUGGUGUUACACUUUUAUGUCAGCCUUUGAUUUUACAAGCUUUGCCAAAGAAAUUGUAUUUUAAAGGCCUUGGAAAUCAACCACCUCUGUGCCUUGACUGUUUACAUGCGGAUUUGUACCAAACACAUUUUUCAAUAGAUAUACUCAUUGAUUGAUCAGCUAGCCAUGUUUCUUACUGUUUCAGUGCCAUUAGGCUCGAUCUACUAUGCCACUUUCCCAAGCUCGCUACAAAUGUUAAUUCCUGUCAGAAUGCCGAUGUCACAGUUCAACAUAAUACAAUGUACAUAAUGAAAUGCAUGCUGUGUGCAUGAGCCUGUGUUGGCAUGAGCUUUUUUGUAUUUAAACAAAAUAGAAAUGCCUUACGUGUCAGCUCCAUGUCGCAGUUUCUCAUAGGUGCAGAUCUAGGACCUGCUUCCCUUCCUUAACCAUUGGGUGGGAGAAUGCAAAAGUCUCAUAACAUCAAACUCUAUGGCCUUCAUCCUCCACCUCCAGGCUCUACUGGGAUAAUAAGGCAGAUCAGUUUGGUCAAAAGACCAAAGUAAAAAAGCCUUUUAGACUGGUUUGUUUUUUACUAUUCCAUUUUUAUUCUGUGGUUUUAGUUUUAUUACAUGAUGUAUGUACAUUUCUCCAACACUAGAGGGGGCUGUUGUUUUCAAAGAUGAAUCCAUUUCAAAUCCUUUACAAUUAUUUGCUUUUCUGUGUAGCUAUUAAAGAUUAUUGUUUUGGA